AUCAUAAAUAGGAGACUAUAUAUAUAUCAUACAUCUUGCUUUUAAUAUAUGGCUUAAAUUUGCAACAUUCCACCUUCUUUCAUUGUUUUCCUUUGAUCAAUAAACGUCUUUCAUGAAGAACUACAACGUGUUAGAGGAAACAAUGGACGACGAAAUGGAUUUAUUUGUAGACGAGAUUGGUUCGUUUUUGUCCGAUGAUGAUAAUGUUUUUGUAGAUGAGAAUUAUGAGUUUGAUGCAUGCCAGUUUUAUGAUUUUAAUAAAGAUGAGACACAAUCUGAAGCUGAUGAAGCUGAUACAUGGUUUUGUUAUGCUCAUGAAUAUCCACCUUCUCCCUUUGUAGUGAAGUUAAAAAUGAUGAAAGCGGCAAAAGCCAUGUCGAUGAAAGGUUAUAAAACUAGCUCCACAAAGAAAGAAACUCAUAAAAAGACUAGUACAUCCAGCACUUCAUCCAGCAUCUCAGACGGCGACAUUGAUCAUAAAGCCGCCCCAAGGGAUUUGAAAUGUAAAGGUGUGAAGCAUUAUAAUCAUAUUCCUCAAGACAUCACGAAAGCCAAGUCAAAGUCCACAGUCAACGUAUCCAAACCAAAUGGUUCAUCGUUCAUGAAACCUACUGCCAGUCAUUUAGCUAAGCAAAGUAAAGAGUGCGACAUACAUUCUGGCAGUAGUGGAAGGUUGCAGAAGCCAUUAAUUAGCGCAAGUGAAAAGUUACAAUCUCCUAUCAGAAGUCAAAACCACGCCACCAAAAGGCAGAAGCUUGAAAUUGGUUAUCUACGUAAGGCUGCACAAUUGAAGCACCAGGCUUCGUUUUUGCACAAGGCCACCAAGAAGGCUGAACUGUUGGAAGGCAAAUUAAAACCUAGAGUUAAGACUAUUACUCCACAAAAACCUGCGUUGGUAACAGAAGAGAGAGCUCAAAGGCGUAGGUCCCAGAAUAAAUCUGAAUCAGUUCAACAACCAAAAGCAUUUAAAGCACGGCCAUUGAACAGAAAAAUUCUCGACACUCCUACAUUGCCUCAACGCAAGAAAAGCAUGACUCCUACUACUGAAUUUCAAGAGUUUCACUUGAAGACAAAUGAGCGGGCGAUGCAAGUUCAGCCUACUAAUGUACUUCGUAAGCAUAGUACUGGUCCUGCAAAGAGUGAAGACACUCUUAUGAAGAGCCAAAACUCUGGAAAUGCCGGAAAGAAGGAUAAAUGCAGAUCACCAAAUAAUUUUAAGGCUUGCUCUAAUGACAAGGUAUAUCCAAUCAAAGAUGGUGGAUAUACUUUGAAUACAAAGCACAAUUCUUAUUCGCCGCCAGUAGAAUUAUUUAAGAAGCUCUCUUUGAAACCUGAAUCUGAGACGAAAACUAUAACAUCACUAAAACCACCUCGUGUAAGUAAGGGGCUGAAGGAGAACAUGGCAAGAUCUUUUCAGCAGGACUUUAGGAGAUGUGUAGGGAAGCCGAAUCAUUGUGGAACUGAUAGGAGGACCACUGAAGUUAAAAUAUAGCCUAACAUAACAGGAUAUGUGUGCAUGGAAGGUUGUCUAGAAAUGUAUUGGGGGUUGAAGAUAGUCAUGCAAUGUGCAAAUAUCAUCUUGAGCUUCCACUUCCAUAUAUAGAGAUAUAAUCACUAACAAGACACAGCGGAAGCUUUAACAAUAGCUCAUUGUCAUUAAAGAGAAACUGAUUACGAAAACCUAUACAGGGCAAGUCAUCUCAUCUGGCCAACCAUGGUGUAACUGUAAAUCAUCAAUAUAUGUAAUAAAAAUAUUAUUUACUUA